CAGCAGGAGAAGAAGAACGAGGAGGACCCUCCUACGUUUACGCCCCCUCGUGAACAGCAGCGGAUCCAUUUUGUUUGAUUUUUUUUUUGCGGGUCACUCUCUACAUCCUGCAAGGAAAACAUCAUCAUCACCACCAGCACCACCACCUCAAACGUUGCGCCCCCUCUUCUCUCCCCCCCCCGCCCCCCGAAUGACAUCAACAAUGAGCGGGUGUCGUAUUUUCAUCGGCCGGCUGAGUCCCUCCGCCAGAGAGAAGGACGUGGAGAGAUUCUUCAAAGGAUACGGCCGCAUCCGAGACAUCGACCUCAAGAGAGGCUUCGGCUUUGUGGAGUUUGAGGAUCCCAGAGACGCUGAAGAUGCUGUUUAUGAGCUUGAUGGCAAAGAGCUGUGCAGCGAAAGGGUCACUAUUGAGCACGCCCGCGUACGUCUGCGUGGCGGUCGUGGCAGAGGAGGUGGAGGUGGAGUUGGAGGCGGAGUCGGAGGUGGAGGUGGAGGUGCAGGAGGACGUUUCCCGGAUCGAUAUGGCCGCGGCUCCCAGAACAGUCGGAGCCGAAACCCUCCUCCGAUGCGCACUGAGAACCGCCUGAUCGUAGAGAAUUUGUCCUCUCGAGUCAGCUGGCAGGACCUGAAAGAUUUCAUGAGACAAGCUGGAGAGGUGACAUUUGCAGACGCACAUCGGCCCAAGCUCAACGAAGGGGUCGUUGAGUUUGCUUCUGGCAGCGAUCUAAAAAAUGCCCUGGACAAAUUGCAUGGAAAGGAAAUCAAUGGCAGGAAAAUCAAGCUCAUUGAGGCAGUCAAGAAGAGGUCGAGAAGUCGCUCCCGCUCCGACAGCUCCUCUCGCUCACGGUCCCGCUCUCGCGGCCGCUCCGUGUCCCGCUCCCCGAGGCGUUCCCGAAGCCCCCCCCACAAGCCCCACAACCGCUCCCGCUCUCGCUCCCGAUCCCGCUCCCGCUCCCGCUCUCGCUCCCGCUCCCGCUCCCGCUCCCCCAGCAGGUCCCCGGUCGGCGGCUCGUUGUCUCCGGGCUCCAAGUCCAAGGAGGCCGCCAAAGGGUUGUCCAAGACCAGCAAGUCCGCCACCCCGCCGCCCCCCCCGCCCGCCCUCAGGGCCUCCCGGUCCCGCUCUCGUUCCCGCUCCCGCUCCCACUCUCGCUCCCCUUCUACCGACAGCCAGCGCUAAGCGCUGCCGUCGGAUGGAAAUCUUGAUUCAGCCGGAUCUGGAACUUCUGUGACCACGCAGACAAGAGCUUUUUUUCUUUUUUCCUGUGUGGAUUCUCAUAAUGAUCCUGAGGCUUUUCACGUUUUAAAACACCGACACAUUCAUUCAUAUAUUUGAUUGCUAUUAUAGGGCGAUAAAGUUAAAUACCACAAACGGAAGAUAUUUGUUCCACAGCCCUCGCCCCUGUGUGUGUUUACUCCCAGUUCAUCAAAAGCUCAAGUGAACCAGCGCCACGUCUCCCUGGUAACGGGUUUCUAAAGUUGGUAAUCAUUGAACAACUUCGAAGAGGGAUUUUUUUUUUUUUGCACUACUACGGCGCUUUUGAUGAGUCGUGUGACUACUUUAUUUCUUUUUAUUGCAAUUUGGUUUUUUGUUUUUCUUGGUCUGCGAGCUUUAUCAAUUUCCAUGUUGUCUCUUUUUUUGUAGCCUCAACAGCUCGUGUGUGUGUGUGUAUGUAUGUGUGUGUGAGUGUGUGCGUGUAUCUACCUGAGGAUGCCUGCAUGUGGUUAUUGUUUGAUCAAAAUUUAGAGUUGUACCAUUGGCAGUAUCAAGAACACUGUACAGAUGUGCACAAACAGCACCGUUAAACCGCUGUACAGUAAUUCACUGUUAAUGUUAUUGAUUUGACUUAUUUUUUGCCUUUGACUUUUAUUUUGUUGAGAGUUGUAAAAAAAAACCUUAAAUAUAAGGUCAACACUUAAAAAUUAUUUUAAAAUGCAGUUUAUUCUAGCAUUGUAAUUACAAUUAUUAUGUUGGUUUAGAUCUGUGUACAGCGUUGCUGCUUUCUACAUAAGUGUAUAAUGUAAUUCCAAGAAUGCGUGUACCGUGUCUGUUACUGUGGUUUAAAUGAACAUGUAGACAAGAGUUAAGAAAAUAAAUGCAACCGUUUUUGUACGUAUGGAUUUUAUUUUCAGUGAAAAAUAUGGACGUUUCUUAUGGUGUAAGAAAUACGGUGCAUUGAAACAAUAAACACAUUUGAACUAGA